CGCUGACAGCUCAAUUGUAUUUUGAAGCAGGCGGCUAGUCAAUCAAGCACGUGCUGCCGGUUCCAAAACAAAUAAAUUUGUAUUCUUAUUUUGUGGCACCGCAUGCAAUGGCUGAAAUAUCAGCUUACCAGAUACCAGAUGCCGAGAAACCAUCACCAGCCAAGAAGCAGCAGCAAAAUAAUGCAGCACUGUCGCCAAAAAAUGCACCAAAGCACACCGCAAAGCAUAAUGGUGAAAUCAAGGAUAACGGUGCCAAACAAAAUGGCGUCGCCAAAAGUCCAAAAGCAGUGCAGAAAAUGGCGAUGGCUAGUCCCAAAAAAGGGUUGAAGCCAAACGGAUCAGGGAAAAGAGCAGCAAAUUCAAAUUUGAAUGAAUCGCAACGGAAGAAAAAACAAAUGUCCAGCUACAGUGAUCAGUCCGAUGACAACGCUUCUGAUGAUUAUAGCGGCGGCAGAAAUGAUGACGAAGGCAGCGACGAUGAUAGCAAUGAUUGUGGCGACAUUACUGUCGAUCUUACGAACAGUGUUGGCGAUAGCAACGACACAAUCAACGAUGACGAUGGCGACGACGACGACGACAUCGACGACAUCGACUACGACGACGACGAAGUCGAGUCACCAGCUGUUGCACCACCAACAGCCGGACGUCGCUCCCAGGAUGCCAACAACAAUGUGGAGAAACCCGCGCUGACUGCGGUGGUCAAGCCCAAGGAGACGCUCCUCGGACGUCGCCAGCACGAUGAGGGAGAAGCCACCAAAGCAGCUGAAACUGGAAACUCGCAACCCAAGCAGCGUCGCGUUGGACACCUGGAUAAACCCACCUGUGAGGAGGUGCAUUUGCAAGACAGCGUGGAGGAAGGCAAACGUGCGCUCAGCUGGCUGAUGAAUCCCAUCGAGCCGCAGAAGUUCUUCCAAGGGUAUUGGGAGCAGAAUCCGUGUCGGGUGGUGGGACGCAAGGCUAAUUACUUCUCGCAUUUGAUGUCCUUUCCCAUGAUCGAGGAGAUGCUACUGAAGAAUCAUUUGGAGUUCACCACAAACAUCGAUAUCACCAGCUAUAAGAAUGGCAAACGCGAGACCCACAAUCCUGAUGGACGCGCCAUGCCGCUCACAGUUUGGAGCUAUUACUCAAACGGUUAUAGUGUCCGCUUUUUGAAUCCCAGCACUUAUCUGGAGAAGUUGCGUGCGUUGUGCACCCGACUCCAGGAGUUCUUCUAUUGUCUGGUGGGUGCGAAUGCGUAUUUGACGCCACCGAAUAGUCAGGGAUGUGCACCGCAUUACGAUGACAUCGAAACGUUCGUCCUGCAGGUGGAGGGACGCAAACGUUGGCGUCUCUACAUGCCACCGUCUCCCAGCGAUAUCAUGGCACGCGUCUCCUCGGGCAAUUACAGCCAAAAGGACUUGGGAACACCGACACUCGAUGUGGUCCUCGAACCCGGUGAUAUUCUCUACUUCCCCAGGGGCACCGUUCAUCAGGCGGUGACCGAGGAACAACAGCAUUCGCUGCACAUAACGCUGAGCGUCUAUCAGCAAUCGUAUGCGAAUCUAGUCGAGAAAUUGAUGCCGUCUGUCAUGGAGCGUGCCAUACGUCAGCAUUUGAAUUUGCAUCGCGGUCUCCCGCUCGAAACGUGGCGUCACUUGGGAUAUGCCGCUGGUGGUCAAAUGUCCGAGGAGCGUGACAAAUUGCUCGGUGACAUCACGAAGCUGGUGCAAACUUAUUUGCUGCCCAGUGCCGAACAAAUCGAUGCGGCUGUCGAUCAGUUGGCCAAGCGAUUUCAACACGAGGCUUUGCCGCCAAUUGUCCAGGAGGAGGAAAAGGCACGAACCGUUUUUGGUUCGGUCAGCGAGAUCGAUAAACAGGGCAAUCGUCAGCCCGAUUACAAUCUAACUGGGAGCACCGAAGUGCGUCUGUUGCGUGCCAACAUUUUGCGUCUGAUUAAAGAGGGAAAGGUCAUCCGUAUCUAUUACUAUCUGGAUAAUGCGCUCGAGUAUUGCAAGUUUGAUGCCAGCUAUAUGGAAAUCCAGCCCGAGAAGGUGUCGGUUGUGGAAGCUCUGAUCAGGGCAUAUCCGAAGUAUACGUCGGUCAAGGAGCUGCCGCUGUGCCCUCAGGAUCGUAGCAUUGAGGUGGCCACCGCACUCUGGGAGCGUGGACUGCUCAUGACCAAAGAGCCCUUCAAGUAAAAAUAAAAAUUACUAUAUUUUUCUAUCCUUUCAUAUUAAAGUCAAUUUAAUGGAAGUGAAACGAUUUCAAUUAUAUAAAAGCUAAUGACAAACCUAUAGAUCUAAAGCAUUUAAUUUUUGAUGAAUAUAAACUGAA